AAUACAAAAUCAAAACUGAGAAAUUCAGACAUUGAAAGUUUUAGGCAUAUUGAAAACAUUAAAUAAUGUUUAGACAUUAAUUAACAAUUAUAGUUUAAGAUUAUAUAUCGCAAUAAUGAAGAAUAUAAAGACACCGAGCAUACAAGUUAUAUCCCACUUGGAACAAUUUCACGAAAAAUUGUACGAACUGCAAAACAACACAGAUACCUUACGGAUGGUGCAGAAAGAACUUUUAGAAACUCGUCAUGCUUUAUACAGUAUAGAAUUGCAGUUGGAAAAGGAGCGUGGAAUCUCUUACGAACUAAAAAUGCAGCUAAAAGCGGCUAUGGACGUAAUAAACAAAUUAGAACAACAGCAAAUAAAAAAACAAACCAAAUAUAUACAGUUAGAAGUCAAAUAUGAUGCUAUGUCGAAACAAUACAAUUCCUUAAUAAAUCAAGCUACAAGUACGAAAGUACAGGAAACUGAAUAUAAAAUGAAAAUUCAAAACUUAGAAAAGAUUCUAUAUAAAAAAGACAUGAUUAACAAGAGAUUGGAACAAAUAUUAAAAGAGCUUGAACGUAAUAAUUUACAUACUAUCAGCGCGAUAGAUUACAACAUAUCAAAACUUACACAGGAACAUCAAUACCUGACGAAAUCUUGCGAUGCAGUUAUUAGUCUCAAUCAACGUUUACAAACUGUGGGUCUGUGUACGUAUGUAAUACAUAAAAAAGAUGUGAUAAAAGUUAACAAUUUGGAACGUAUGUUAGUUUCACAGUCACCAAUCAGAAAUGCAGCUUCUGUAAACAUGGAUGUUGAUAUGAAAAUAAUAAAAUCACCAGCCAAGGAGACAGGAUAG